UUGUCGGGUUUUUUUCAACGCUAGCAAUAGCUUCGUUAGUCCAGCGAAUACCUGUGAAUACAAUUAAGGGUUCAGAAUUUAGCCCCGAAUUCAAUAGCUCCCGAUCAGUAGUUGCGUUUUUUGAAGGCCAUCAAAAUAACGUUCGUGGAUCUAUUACCUUCUCUGGAUUAUCGAAAGUGGACAAUACUCGAGUGAACGUAUUAAUCGAAUCCGGACUAACUAAUAAAUAUAUGUCUUAUGCUUAUCACAUUCAUGAGAGACCUGUUCCGCCAGAUGGAAAUUGUGAUGGUACUCUUGGUCAUUUGUCACCCAACGGAGUACCUGAUAGCUUUCAAUGUAAUCCUGCCAAUCCAGCUGCUUGCCAAGAAGGCGAUUUGAGUGGCAAACACGGAAAAGCUCCAGGGGUUCUAAGCGGCAAAUUCAGCCAAGAAUAUUACGACGAAUUUUUAAAAUGGGAAGAAAGUAAUUCAACUAUUUUCGGUCGAUCGGUGGUUUUUCAUUUUCCUAAUAGUAAGUAG